AUGAUUGGCUGGUCUAGAACAUUUGCGACCCUGGCAAAGCCGGUCAUACGCACCACGGCCCUUGUUUCACGAAAUCCUGUUGUCACGGCUGAUCUUCCUCAGUUUGAAUCUCAGUUUUAUCGCUAUCAAAAUGAGCUCUGGAAGAGACUUAUGUGGACGUUUCCCAAAUGGUUUUACUACCGUGUAGGUACACUUUCCGAGCAGAAAUUCCGCGAACUCAACCCUAAUCCCGUAUACAACAACCCAAACAUCGAAUUUCCACGCGGAAGACCGGAUAUAAGACAGCAAAGAGACCGUAGAUUCAAGCAAGAAUUGUCACUUCCCAAGACUUAUAGUGAAGCAAAAGAAGAAGAUGAAGUAGCUGCUAACGAUAAUUUGUCGAGAAAAAUUGUUCCCAAUUCUCGGGUGACAGAAGCAGACAAGAAAAACGACGUAACGAGUCUUGAAAGAAAAUUGGCAAGAACGUUGUAUCUCGUAGUUCAACAAGAUGGAAGUUGGACUUUUCCCACGUUCGAUGCAGCCGAGGACCAGGCUCUACACACCUCUGCUGAGACUGGUAUCUACAAAUUGGGCGGAGAAAAAAUCAAUUAUUUUAAUGUAUCCAACACACCAUGCCAUGUUUCCAGCAGCGAUACCAGCAAAACCUUUUACAUCAAAUCACACAUAUUAUCGGGAAAAUUUGAGCCCCAGAACGGAGAGAAGUACAUGUGGCUUUCCAAAGACGAAUUGAGCCAGCACCUCUCCAAUUACGACGAAAUCCAGCAUUUGCUUAGUGAUGUAUAG